CUGUCACAACCUGUUUGUUUUGUUUGCUGGAGAAACGCACGUGAACGAAAAUACUCCAUAAAAUUCUUAAAAUAUUCCGAAAAUGGGGAAAAACAAGAAAGGAGUGAAGGCAAACGUUUUCAAAGUAGCUGGGGCCAAGAGUUUGAAGAAAUCUAAGGCCAAAGCAGUAAAUUUGGGCCUCAAAGACAUAAAACAAAAGGUUAAAGAUAUAGAUGCUGAAUUUAUAGAAAUCAACAAAACUCCAAAACCAACACCAGUAUCUAAAAAACCUGCAGUUAAAAAACAAAAUAAACCCGAAAAAAAGAAGACAACUCCCCAAGAUGUGGCCAAAACUGCAGAACAGAUAGUGAAAAUGGAUUUAUAAAUUAAUUUUGAAUUAAUUAUGUAAGUUUGCUUAUUUUUUUAUUUGUAAAUACAUUUAACUUUAUUACUAUGUUA